AUGGCACCUGAUAUCCAGACUGAUAGCUCCCAUGGCCAAAUUCUACCCAAGAAGAAGUCAAAAUGGUCCUCAGAAGAAGAUGUCCGGAUCAUCAAGCUUCGGGGGCGCGGAAUGAGUUGGGAAGAUAUCAGCAAGAAAUUUCCCGGGCGAAGUGCAAUCAGCUGUCGCCUGCACUACCAGAAUUACCUCGAGAGGCGGGGUGAGUGGAGCGAGGAUCGCAAGACCAAGCUAGCAUUGUUAUAUGAAAGAUUCAAGUCGGGAAUGUGGGCGAAAAUUGCAGAGGAGAUGGCCAUCCCCUGGAGGGCUGCUGAAGCUAUGCACUGGCAGCUUGGAGAACAGGAAAUGGCGAGACGAGCUGGAACAGUUCCGUUCUCAUUCUCACAGCCCGCAUCAGAACCUCCCCAAGCAUCAUGUUCAGUUUCCAUUCAGCUCCCUUCCAUUGCAGAGUUCGACGCCGGAGUCCCAGCAUAUAGAAUUCCGGGGUAUGUUGAUGGCCUGUAUUUAUUCUUGGGUCCCACCAUGGGAGACCGUGAGAGGAUGGUUCUCGAUAAUGAUGUGAUCUUCUUGUGA